ACUCUCCCCUAGUCACCAAUUAAACUAAGCUUUAUCUCUCUCCCCUAUCAUCCCAACCCCACCCCACCCCACCCCCCUAUCCACCAUCUCCAUCCCUCCACUUUCUCUCUCUCACCAAACCAACAAAAACCCUCACUCAUUUUUCCAUACCCAUGAUCUAGAGUCUCAAAUCUCAAUCUUAUCUAUCAGAAAGUUGAAACCUUUCAAAAGGGUUCAUCGGAUCGGAGGUCGAGCCUGUCAUGCGUAACGACCGCGCCGAGCGAAUGUCUGAGGACGACGACCAUCGAUCCCAGCCUUCGGAUCUGGAUUUCACUACCAACAAGGCGCGAAACUGUUCCCCUGUGGCGUCGGGGUCCGGGUCAGGGGUUACGGAGGAGUUUCAGCCUACGUACCUGGACGAGGUUCUGGACAACGUUCUAGAGAACGUGCUCGACUUCCUCACCUCGCGCCGGGACCGCAACGCCGCCUCAUUGGUGUGCAAGUCGUGGUACCGGAAGGAAGCGCACACGCGAUCCGAACUCUUCAUCGGGAACUGCUACGCGGUGUCGCCGGACCGGGUUACGGCCCGGUUCACGAAGGUCCGAUCCCUGGUGCUGAAGGGGAAGCCCAGGUUCGCGGACUUUGGCUUGAUGCCACCUGGUUGGGGGGCUCACUUCAAUCCGUGGGUUAUGCCCUUGGCUAGAGCUUACCGCCCUUUGCUGGAGAAAGUCCAUCUGAAGCGUAUGUCAGUGACUGAUGAUGAUCUCGAAAUGCUCGCCGAAUCUUUCCCGGGGUUCAAGGAGCUUGUGCUGGUUUGCUGUGAUGGGUUUGGGACUAGCGGGCUUUCUGUUUUUGUUCGCAAGUGCAGACAGCUAAGGGUGCUGGAUCUGGUGGAGUCUGAAGUUUCAGAUGAUGAGGUAGAUUGGAUAUCGUGUUUUCCUGAAGGGGAAUCAUGUCUGGAGUCACUGAUAUUUGAUUGUGUUGAAUGCCCGAUUAAUUUUGAGGCAUUGGAGAGGCUUGUAUCAAAUUCUCCUUCACUGAAAAAGCUUGGGCUGAACCGACAUGUUUCCAUUGGGCAGCUAUACCGCUUGCUGUUGAUUCGAGGUCCACAGCUUGCUCACCUUGGGACAGGCUCAUUCAGCCUGUCAGAACUGGCACCACAUGGUGAUCAAGAACAAGAGCCAGAUUAUGCAUCUGUUUUUUCUGCCUGCAAAUCCUUAGUUUUUCUCUCUGGGUUUAGGGAAAUAAUUCCAGAUUACUUGCCUGCAAUCUACCCAGUAUGUGCAAAUCUAACUUCUCUGAAUUUCAGCUAUGCUAACAUCGAUGCAGAACAGCUUAGGCCAGUCAUAAGAAAUUGCCACAAUGUCCAGGUCUUUUGGGCCCUUGAUUCAAUAUGUGAUGAAGGCCUUCAAGCAGUGGCUGCAACAUGCAGGGAACUCCGCGAGCUUCGGGUCUUCCCUAUUGAUGCUCGGGAAGACGGUGAGGGGUCUGUUUCUGAAGUGGGCCUGCAAGCAAUUUCUGAAGGUUGUCCGAAAUUGCAGUCUAUUCUGUUUUUCUGCCAGGAGAUGACAAAUGCAGCUGUGAUAGCCAUGUCUAGGAACUGCCCUGAUCUUGUGGUAUUCCGUCUAUGCAUAAUGGGUCGCCACAGACCUGAUCAUGUUACUGGAGAACCAAUGGAUGAAGGAUUUGGAGCCAUCGUUAUGAACUGCAAGAAGCUCACUCGCCUUGCAACAUCUGGUUUGCUGACUGAUAAAGCUUUCCACUACAUUGGGAGAUACGGCAAAUUGGUACGCACACUGUCAUUUGCUUUUGCUGGAAACACUGACUCGGGACUGAAAUAUGUGCUUGAGGGCUGUCCUCAAUUGCAGAAGCUUGAGAUAAGAGAUAGCCCAUUUGGAGAUGCAGCUCUGCAUUCUGGUUUGCAUCAGUACUACAACAUGAGGUUUCUUUGGAUGUCCUCAUGUAGAUUAACCCACGAAGGUUGCCGGCAGGUUGCUCAAGCUCUGCCACGCCUAGUGGUUGAAGCGAUUGGGUCACCAAACAAGGAGAAUAUGGAGAUGGAUGACCCUGUUGAUACACUAUACAUGUAUCGGUCUCUUCAAGGGCAAAGGAAUGACGUUCCAGAGUUUGUCACUAUCUUGUAGGCAUCUGUGGUGCAGGAAGUUUCUCUUUACUGUUCUUUACGAUGGAUACUGCACUAGUCUAAACUGUUUCACAGAGAAAUUGGCUAUGGGCAUAUUUUAAAUGACCCGCGUGAAGAUUCCUGCAAUCACUUUCAAUUAUCAAGCAAAAUUUGGUUAAAGCCUACUGCUUGGGCUUGACCUGUUUCUGCCAUUCACAUUCAUGGCAGAGGCUCUGUGGAGGAAAACAGUUUGUUAUUGUUGGAGCUCUCAACAAGGACUGGACUAGUGCGGAAGAUAGUUGUCUCCGUAAGUAAUUGGAUCAUUGGAUAGUGUUGUAGUGGCAUGCAUUUACAUUUUUAUUUUGUUACUCUUUUUGUUUUCAUAUUCAUUUUGUGGUCAACUAAGGAAGGUAGUGAGAAGAAAGUAGGGAGGGCUAUUGAUCUAUAUUAUAUGGAUAAAGGUCUCAUAUCUGUUUUUUCUUGGAACAAAUUGCGUUAUCUUUCCAUAAAAUGCUCAAGAUGAUUCAGAAGAGAUUGAGAUGGGUGGAAAGCAAAGAAUUAAAAUCCAAAAGCGAGUUUUAUCUCUUGAACCAAGUUAGUCCUAUGCUUCUCUUGCUUCACAUUUGGUAGAUAUGGUUUAAGCUCUAGCGGGUGAGACUAAAUGCUCAGAAGGCCAGAACUUACACAUCUCUGUCUUCCUUAGCAUUCGUUUUUUGUUUUUUUGUUUUUUUGUUUUUUUCCUAGAUGUGUUGUUAUUGUUGUUAUUGUUAGCAAUGUGAGAUGAGAAAUAAAAUGCCAAAUAUGCAUUAGACCAUAUACUUUUAAUGAAACACUGUUCUUUGC